AUGAAAAUAUUACAAGUUCUAAUAGUUGCCAAUUUCCUUGUUUUGGCGGUAUUCACAACUGCGCCAGCGAAUGUCCUCGAAGAUUGUACAGCACAAACUCCUGCAGCCAACGCAGGUUGCACCUCCUUGUUCCCUACCCCAGCUACUGAUUGCACAACUAAGGAUCAAGCAGUUACCAAGCUUUGCCCAUUUACUUGUGGAAACUGUGCAGCAUACAAAAGCUGUAGCGACACCGGUGUUCUUAACUGUAAGGCACUAGUAGCCAGUAGUCUUUGUCAAUCUACAAUAGAGGCAAUUCGUAAUAUGGUUACUCAGAAUUGUCCAUCUAGCUGUGGCUUGUGUACUUCUGGUAACAGCGGAAGUAAUUCUGAUUUAUGUAAAGAUCUCGAUCCUGCGUUUUGCGUUGCAGAAAAGGAGUUACAGUUGAAGCAAUAG